CUCGCCUCGGAUCAUGUACCUAUGCAACGUAUUCAUUCUUAGCUCUGUUUUGCUUGUUAUUGUUGGCCUGGAGAAUCGCAGAGAGUUUAGAAUCGCCUGGCUGGCCCCCAAGAAGGUAUACAAUAAUCUAAGUGCGGCCUCCACCGUUGGUGCCUUAAAGUUGGCGCUCAAGGCUCUGGAGGCGAAGUACUUGAGAGGAAUCCCGGUCAGGGUAAAAUGGUUUGAUUCAGACUGCAGUUCCAAAGCCGCUCUCACAUCGGCGGUUGACGCCAGGCAGUAUUUCGACCCGGAUCUCUUUCUCGGACCACCAUGUUCAUUUGGAAUGCGACCGGUUGCGCAGCUAGCCUCUCACUGGAACAUCCCAGUGUUCGGCUGGGUGUCCAACGAUCACGAUCUCAGGAACAGAUCCAUAUACACCACCCUUGUCAGACUGCUGGGACCGCUCAACCAGUUUUCGACGACGAUGCGCUACGUGUCGAGCAUGUUCGGCUGGAAGAUUUUCGCGAUGGUGUACGACAAGGAGAUCGCCUACCAGGCGGUCAAGGACGCCAUCUACAUGUCCGUCGUGUCCGAUAACCACAUCAUCCGCUCGCAGCACCCCGUCUCCCAGGCGACCACUGACGAGGAAAUACAAAACAUCUUUAAACAGAUCAAGAAAUAUGCUAGAGUGAUUAUUUUCGCUGUUCCCUGGCUCAGCAUGAGGCGCUACAUCCUCGUGGCUCACCGGAUGGGGUUAACAAACGGCGACUACGCUUUCCUCUGCAUCAACGGCGACGUGUACACGGGGCAGGCCCUAGAGGAGGACGUGCUGUCGGAGAUGGGGUGGAGGAGGAACGACACGUUCGACGAGGAGGCGAGAUUCGCCUUCGAGUCCGUCAUACACGUCAUAAUGGUUGGAUCAGACAGAAAUACUUACCGGAAGUUCAUAAAUCUUGUCCAGCGAGCAGGAGAAUUGACGUCACCCAUGUGGCAGAUCCCGGAUGGUACAGAUCUGGACGCCUAUGCCCCAUUUCUUUACGAUGCUACAGUUCUGUGGGCCAUUAUCGUGAACAAGACAAUGGUGGAGGGUAAAAACCCCAGAAACGGCACUCACAUUUUCCACAUGGCACAAGGCGCUGAAACGCAAGGUGUGACUGGCCAUUUGGCCCUAGACCAGUACUGUGACCGCCUGGUCAACGUGUGGUUUCUCGACAUGCAGAAGAGUGGCAAGUUCAAGGCCAUCAUCCGGAUCUACAACACACAGAACGGUGGCAUCGUCUACACGGAGAUGGAGGAGAAGAUCAAUGUGAGAUGGCCGAACGGGAAUGUCGGGAGUAAGAACGCCCCUCCCGACACACCGGCGUGCGGCUUUGAGGACGAGAAGUGUAAAAAAUUUGUUCCCAACACCGACUACACCGACACCAUCGUCGGUGCCGCUGCCGGAUCGUCGUUCGUCCUCAUCGUCGCUGUCGGUGUGCAGGUGUCACUGAGACGUUAUCGACGACGUCGUCAACUCGAAAGCAUGUUGUGGCAGGUGAAAUUCGAAGAGAUUGAUUUUGGGACUGCAAUUCUGUGUGGCAGCGUUAGAUCCAGCUUUAAGAACCUGACGAACAGACGCAACUCCAAGAAAGGUCUACCCAAGAUGCGACCCGCCAUGACCACACAGGAUUCCUGGGACUCCCCCAGAUCCACCCACUUCCACGAGCCCGGGCAGACGAUGUUCGGUUCAGUGGCAUACCUUAGAGGGAGUUUGGUUUCCGUCAAACGGAUGUCAAAGAACAGUGUGAACCUCACGAAGGAAGUUCUUCAGGAAUUAAACCAGUUAAUGGAGUUAAAACACCAAAAUGUCUGUGCAUUUCUCGGCGCAUGCGUGGAUCCGGGCAGGAUUCUCCUUCUCUGGGAAUACUGCGCAAAAGGCAGUCUUCAAGAUAUUAUUUGGAAUACGAAUAUUAAACUGGACCAAUUGUUCAAGUUUGCACUGUGCCAUGACGUAGCAAAGGGUUUAGAAUACAUUCAUAAAAGUUCUGUGUGUUACCAUGGAAACCUGAAGAGUUCCAACUGCGUGGUGGACAGUCGAUGGACGUGUAAACUGACCGACUUCGGUGUUCCGCGGAUCCGCGCCAUGGACAAGGCCUCGAUCCCGUACGAGGAAAACGCCGAAAAGGAAUUAUGGACUGCACCGGAAGUUCUACGGGCAGAUCGAGCAGUAGAUUUCCAGAAGGUUGACAUCUACUCUCUGGGGAUCAUCUUCAAGGAGAUGUUCACCAGGUCCGGACCGUACACCGAAUACCCGUUCUUCAGCGCUGCAGAGAUCGUGCGGAAGGUUCGUAACUCGAUGCGACGCGCAGCCUUCCGGCCCGCUGUAACGCGGGAAUUACGUCAGCAGGCAGAGUUAGCGGCCUUGAUAGAGGACUGCUGGAGUGAAGACAUGACCGUGCGACCAUCGGCCACGCGAGUCGUGAAAACCCUGAACCGAGUGAAUCCGUCAAAACACAUGACUAUGAUUGACAACAUGAUAGCCAUGUUGGAGAAGUACGCCAAUCAUCUGGAAGAUCUAGUGGCGGAGCGCACCAGCGAGUUGGAUGUAGAGAAGAGGAAAACGGAAAACCUCCUCUACAGAAUGUUGCCUCAGUCAGUGGCUGAAAAUCUGAAAUUAGGAAAACCGAUCAAGGCAGAACUCUUUGAUGACGUCACAAUUUACUUCUCUGAUAUUGUUGGUUUUACCAAGAUUUGUGCAGGAAGUACUCCUAUUGAGGUGGUCAAUCUUCUGAACAGUCUGUACACACUUUUUGAUGACAUCAUCACACGAUAUGAUGUAUAUAAGGUGGAGACAAUUGGGGAUGCGUACAUGUUAGCGAGUGGUCUGCCACAGCGGAAUGGUGAGCGCCACAUCAAAGAGAUUGCCGACUGCGCCAUGGACAUCUUGGCGUCCAUAUCCAACUUCUUCAUCCCUCACCAACCCGACAGAAACCUCAGGAUCAGAAUCGGCAUCCACACGGGAUCCGUGGUAGCCGGUGUUGUGGGUCUGGCGAUGCCGCGGUACUGUCUGUUUGGAGAUGCAGUCAACGUGGCGUCCAGGAUGGAAUCCACUGGUUUACCAAUGAAAAUCCACUUGAGCAGUAUGGCGAAGGAGAAGCUGACGAGGUUUUGUGGCUACUACUUCUACGACCGCGGCGAGAUUCCAAUAAAGGGCAAGGGCAUCAUGAACACGUUCUUCCUCACGGGCAAGGACGGCUUCACGAAGGUGCUUCCCUCCAACGAGGAAGCCCCCGCGUCACGGAUGACGUCGAAGAAAGCAUCACCGUCACACGGCGUCCCCGUCCAGCCGGUGGCAAUCUGCAUCAGUGAGUCGAGCAUCGAGAAGACCAUCAGCAUCAACACGCUGUUCAAAUCCAGCGCCGUGGACAACUGCAAGUACAUCAGCAUCCACGGCGAGAACGUCAACGACGGCUACGUGUCCGACGACGAGCUGGAUCAGGUCCCGCGUACGAUGCAGACGUGGUCUAAGCGCCAUGAAAGGAAGCCGUUUGGCAUGGUGCCAAAGAGGACGUUCCGACGUCACAGCAGCGUCGAGGCGCCAGAUUCAGAAACCCACGGGCAGCAGUCUUCCAGCAGAGACAUUGACGAGCUGGAGGGCGGGGUCAAGAGAGAGGAGGUAGUGAACCAGACUGUACGAGACACGUUGGAGACGAAAAGCGUCAUACAGAUUCUAGAAGUGACCCCUAUGUGAUGAUGAUACGUGUGUGUGUCGAGUAACGCUGGAUUAAUGUGAACAUGUAGACGAGACACGCUCUUGUACAUACGGUUUACUUUGAAAUGUCAACCAUUGUGGUAAAAUGUCUCGAGCCCAACAAACCAAAGAUAUUCCGAGCCCAAUAUGCUUCUUUCAACGUCAGUGAAACGAUUUCAAAAGCACCCAAAGAGGAUGACUAAAAACUGUGAUUUUAAUUCAAUGUCUGAGCACAACAAAUACUUUAUAAUGUUAGUAAUUUCUAUGUACCUAUAUUCCUACAGACGUCUUGUUAUUUGAUAGUGGCAAAUUAAAACUGAGACUUUUUGGUCAGCUUACAAUGCAAACAAAAGAAAGAAAAGAAAAACCAUUUACAAGAAUCGGACUUGGCAGUUUAAUAGUUACGCCAUCGGCUUUAAAGGCAUACUGUCACAGAUUUAAGGACCUUAUUUCUCUUUUAAUGAAUAAUGAAUAAAAAUUACAUUAAUUUUUACAGACCAAAUCUAACUAUUGCAUCACUUUAACUACAUCAAGUUA